AUGGGCAUAAGACAGAACGGGGCAGGAGAAUAUACUGCUGUGAAUCCCAUUAAAACUACUAAUCAAGUAUAUAUAUCUAUUUACAUCCAUGAUAAUUCCGACUGGUCCGAUUCCUAUACAAGACUUAGGACUUGUGGCCAUCUUCGGCUUAUUUCUAUAGGGACCAGCCAGGCUUCCUCCACACCGGCCUCCGCUCAUGCCAACACCCUCCGCCUACUUUCCGCCUACCUUAUGAUAAAAAGACCCACACACGCCCCGGAUUAA